AAUCCGGACCUUGACGAUAAAAACAGAACUAUUGCGCAAAUCCUCAUCUUGACCUACAAGUCUUAGAUACGUAAAAUGGUGAUUUUGUAUCUUGUGGGUGCGGUCUUAUGCGCCGUACUGUAUUAUGCUUUUCAAAAACGCUUUACCUACUGGGAAUCGCGCGGGGUGCUUCAGUUUAGCCUUCUGGUGAACCUUCGCGAAUUGCUGCUCGGUUUGAUACCGUACAGAGGCGUUACCGAGGUACUUGAGACAAUUUACAAUGCGUUCCCAGAGUCCAGGUACUGCGGGGUUUACCAGUUUUCGACUCCAACUUUGCUCAUACGCGACCCUGAGUUGAUAAAGAAGGUCACGGUGAAAGACUUUGAGUACUUUACCGAUCACUACAAUGUGUUGGAGGAGGACACCGAACCGAUGUGGGAAAAGAAUCUGUUUGCGCUAAAAGGUGACAAAUGGAAGGAUAUGCGGGCCACCCUAAGCCCUUCCUUCACAAGUAGCAAAAUGAAGUUGAUGUUUGACCUAAUAUCCAACUACGCCAAGGCGUUCGUGGGGUACUUCGAGGAACAUCCAGAUCAAGCCCACUCGAUGGAGAUGAAAGACGUUUUCACCCGAUUCACGAACGACAUCAUCGCGACCUCCGCAUUUGGUGUCAAUUGCGAUUCCAUACGAAAUCCGCAGAACGAAUUUUACUUGAUGGGCAAAGAUAUAACCAAUUUCACGGGAUUUUGGGCCAACUUGAGGAUGAUCAUCACGUUCCUGUUUCCUCGCCUCGCCAAACGACUACAAUUCACGUUCUUCUCAAAGCAGGCGACGCACUUCUUCACGACGCUCAUUCGGGAAAACAUCGCGAGUCGAGAGCAGAAUGGCAUUAUACGCCCUGACAUGCUUCACUUGCUGAUAGAAGCACGGAAAGGCAGACUGAACUUUGAUAAAGCCGUCGAGGACACCGAAUUCACGGCCAUUGAAGGAGUUGCUGAUCGAAAGGAAGAGAAACGGAAGAAAGAACAACUGACCGACAUGGAUAUAACGGCUCAAGCGCUAAUCUUCUUCUUCGCCGGUUUCGACAGCGUUUCCACUUUGAUGUGCUUCAUGGCGCACGAACUUGCCAUUAACGCUGACAUCCAAGAACGUCUUCAACAUGAAGUCGACGACACCAUGCGGCAAUGCGAGGGGAACAUCACUUACCAGGCGCUGUCAAAAAUGGAAUACAUGGACAUGGUGGUUGCAGAAACCAUGAGAAAGUGGCCAGCCGGCGUGGUCUCCGAUCGCGUCUGCACCAAGUCGUAUACCAUCGCACCCGAAAAGGAGGGCGAAACGGCCGUAACGUUGAACGUGAACGAUCCCAUUUGGAUUCCGAUCUUCGCGAUCCAUCGUGACGAAAAUAAUUACGAAAACCCCACCCGAUUCGAUCCCGAACGAUUCAAUAGGGAGAAUAAGACGAGCAUACUUCCCUACCAGUUCAUACCGUUCGGCGUCGGGCCGAGGUCGUGCAUCGGAAAUCGUUUCGCACUCAUGGAAACCAAAUUGGUGUUCUUUUACCUUCUGAGCAAAUUUAAUCUGGUAGUCACCGAAAAGACCGACGUACCGCUGCAGCUCGGCAAACAUGCAUUUCAGUUGAGAGCCAAAAAUGGAUUUUGGUUAGGUUUGAAAGCAAGAACGCACUAAUCCCUUGUGAUAUGGUCAGCUAUGAAUCGUUAACUUUACUAAUGUAAAUCAUAGACACUAUUGUAUUUCUAUUCUAAGUAGAUUUUAAUAAUACGAUACUAUAUAAAACCUCUACAGAUGG